UAAUAUAGAAAACAGUGAGCUAUAGAGUUCUUGAGAAUGGUGGAAAUUUUCAAGAUUCAAGCACCGCUGGAAAAUUUGAGACUUUGAGAUGGGUUGGGGAUACAGGCAAAUGGGUGUGAGGGAGAUGAGAAUGAGAACUUUAGUUUCGGAACAAGAAAAAGAGAAGUAAAAUAUGAACUUGGAGAGAAAGUUAUAUGGUGUGAAUAAAAGGUUACCUUUUUCUAGCUUGUCCCCAACGUAACAGGCCGUAAUAUUAAAUUUUGGAUUGUUGGGAAGUUUGGGUAGGGUGUGGAGGAGGAAAAGAGAGAGAAGAGAGAUGGAGAGCAUAAAGCACAGUAUGGUGGAAGUAAAUGGCAUAAAGCUGCAUGUUACGGAGAAAGGAGAAGGCCCAGUGGUGUUGUUCUUGCAUGGCUUCCCUGAACUAUGGUACUCCUGGCGCCACCAAAUUCUGGCUCUCACUUCCCGCGGUUAUCGUGCUGUGGCGCCUGAUCUCCGAGGCUACGGUGACACGGAGGCCCCUGUUCCGGAGAGCAGCUACACGUGUUUUCACCUCGUGGGAGACAUCGUUGCGCUCAUAGAUUCUCUGGGUGUGAAAAAAGUGUUCUUGGUGGGACACGAUUGGGGUGCCAUCAUCGGUUGGUACCUCUGCAUGUUCCGGCCAGACAGAAUCAACGCCUAUGUUUCCCUCAGUGUCCCCUUCCGACCCUUCCUCGGAAAAAAUCCUCAACAGAAGACCGUAGACGGUUUUCGUGCCUUGUAUGGAGAUGACUACUACAUAUGCAGAUUUCAGGUAAAUCAAAUACUUCGUAUAUUCUUUCUCUGCAUAUCAAAUCUGAGAACACAAAGAAUGAACUGGUCUCACAAUUGUAUCUGUUUUACAUUCAUCAUGGAGUACAGUUUGAGUUUAUCACUGUUCUCUUAUGUUCUUCUUUGUGCUGGUUUUCAAGACAUGUCAGGUCCACCAGUUUUUCCAAAAGCGGGCCAUGGAACUGGGUUUAAUCCCCAUUCUUCACCCACCUUGCCGUCUUGGCUCUCUCAACAAGAUCUUCAUUAUUACGUUACUAAAUUUCAGAAGACUGGCUUCACCGGAGGCCUGAGCUACAACAGAAAUCUCAACUUAAACUGGGAGCUAACAGCAUCGUGGACUGGAAUUGGAAUCGAGAAUGUACCGGUAAAGUUCAUUACAGCUGGCGAUGAUUUGAUGUACACUUCACCGGGGACGAAGGAGUACGUUCACAACGGUGGUUUCAAGAAAGAUGUGCCAGAAGGUGUUGCACACUUCAGCAACCAAGAAGCAGCAGAGAAUGUGAGCAAUCACAUCUAUCAUUUUCUUAAGAAGUUCGGACCCUGAAUCAUGGGCAUAUCAAUAACUCACUCCAACAUUUUAUUACAAACUAUGUCACAGACUCUAUUUUAUGGCAACUUUUGCUAGCUCCGUUUCUUAAAGCUCUAUUUAUGCUUGUUUGGCAAGGUAAAAUUUAUUUCAUGAGAUCGUGU